UCUCUCUUCACCUUACCCUGUCUCCCUGUCUCCCUCUUUCUCUCUUACACAUUACACACAUAACACACGCAUAUAUAAAUCCCAUCCAAAGCCAACAGUCUGAUCCAAACCUUUUAAAAGGUUCGGUCGUUGUCGUAUUCGAUCGGCUCCCCGGUCCCGAUCUUCGUUCUUUUAUUUUGGUUUCAUUUAUUUUUUUUUGUUAUUCCGGUUAAAAAGGGACUAAUAAAAGCUUUCAUUGUAUAAAGAAGAAGAAGAAUAAGAAUAAAAGAUCGUGACGCGUCGUUAAUACACGAUUAAAAUAAAAUAAUAAUUACAAAAAUAGGAAAAAAAAAAAAAGUAAUAAAUAAUAAAAAGGUUUCUUCGAUUCGAUUAUUCGUUAAAAAAAAAAGAAAGAAUAGAGAAAAUAAUCAUCGGAAAAAAAAAUGUCGACAGCGUUGUUGGCAGUUUUUGCCGUAAUCCUUUGCAUUCUAUUCAGAUUACUCAAUGUAAACAGUGCCCCUCAAAAGCCGCUACUCGUAUGCCAUGAUCCAAACUUUUUGUCGACACUUUUGAAAAUCGCACCGGUUAUCACCGAACCAUACAAACCAACAAGAUUAUGGGGAUUCAGUGGUCACGUUCAAACGGUGGUUCACAGUAUCAUCGGCCGUGUACGGUGUCCUUGGCCAAUUGGAGAACGCGUAUACAUCGGUUUACCUGAUAAUACUACUUUAACUUAUGAUCUUUAUCAACCAUUAACUAAUAGCCAUGAAGAUGAUAUUACAAUAGCUAUCUGCCCGGGCAUCGGUAAUACUUCAGAAAGUGUCUACAUCAGAACAUUCGUUCACCUUGUUCAAUGCCACGGUUAUCGAUGCGCCGUACUUAAUCACGUUGGAGCCCUUUCUAGUGUCAAGGUUACAGCACCAAGGAUAUUCACUUAUGGUCACACAGAUGAUUAUAACACGAUGCUACAAAAUCUCGUUGAACAACAUCCAAAUACAAGAAUUGUUUGCAUAGGAUUUAGUUUAGGUGGAAAUUUAGUAACCAAAUAUUUGGGAGAACGAGGCCUGAAUAAAUUAUCUAAUAUUAUUGGCGGUAUAUCUAUUUGUCAAGGUUAUAAUGCUCUCGAAGGUACAAAGUUUUUACUAAACUGGCAAAACUUUAGAAGAUUUUAUCUCUAUGUAAUGACAGAAUCCGUUAAGAAUAUAAUACUGAAACACAAACAUGUACUACUUUCGGAGGAAGUCAAACAAAAAUAUUCGCUUAACGAGCGAGAUAUCAUUUCUGCUGCUACGUUACCUGAACUCGAUGAAGCUUAUACGAGAAGGGUACAUCAAUUUAGGUCUGUACAAGAAAUGUACAAAUGGUCCAGUUCCAUAAAUUAUCUUGAUAACAUCUGUACACCAAUGGUAUUUAUUAAUUCUGUAGAUGAUCCUAUUGUACCAGAUUCAUUGUUAAAACCCAUAAAGGAAUACGCUGCAACUCAUCCAAACACCUUAUACGUUGAAUUGUCACACGGAGGCCAUCUAGGUUUCUAUGAAGGUGGUCUUCUUUAUCCAAAUCCCAUAACAUGGUUGGAUCGUACUUUAGUUUCACUGGUAGGGUCACUCACGUUAGCACAUGCAGAUAAAGCUUUGAAGGCUUCUUAACGACAUUAUACUUCUACAUGUAUAAAUAUAAUAAUAAUAAUUAUUAUAAUUAUAAUAAUAAUUAUUAAUAAUAUAAUAAUAAUUUUUUAGCGCACGUGCGCGCAAAAAUGUGCUAUUGUACAACAUUAGUUUGUGUAUUUACAAUCUUAUUAUUAUAAAAGAAAACAGUCUUGUUACACGAUUGUAUUCGAUCGUAGGAUGGAUUUGAAUCGUACUAUAUUAAAUGAUCGCCGAGGUCAUUUAAGUGCAAUAACUGACUGAAAAUAAUCUAUGUAAGAUGAUCAUAUUCAACAUCUUUCAUAGUAAACUAGUAUGCAAAAAGGAAAAGCGUUAGUUAAAAAUAUUAUUUUGUUAAUGCAAAGAAAUAGAAAGAGAUAGAUAAAAAGAAAAAUAAAGAAAGAAAUUAAAGUAUUAAUAGUUAACGUUAUUAAGAUGAUAAUACAUGUCAAUCUUAAUUACGUGGCUGACCAUAUAAAUUGUACAAAAAAUUCAAGACUUUACAAAUAUUUAGUAUUGGCAUUUAUAAAAACAAAGAAAGAAAAAAAAAAUUAUUGUAAUUGUCGCUAAUCAUAUAUUCAUCAAAAACAUUUCAAUUAGAUUAUCGAAAUCAUUCUAAAUCCUAAUGCUUAUUUCUCAGGGAUUUUUGUUAGAAAAUUUGCAUUUUUUAUUUACAAUAUAAAAUUAAUCGUUCGACACAAUUAUUUAAGUAUUAUUUUACUGUACUAUAAAUCUUGACAAAGAUUGCAUUUAUGAAUGCAUUGGUCGGGAAUACAAAUUACAUGGCAUAUAGAUUAUGCUUUAUUUGUAUUGUUUUUAUGCAUUAAACAUGUAUCAUGGUAGUUUCAUAGUUAAUGUCAUUCGAUGCAUUGAAAAAUAUCAAAAUUUAGGAUUUAUAAUGUUUGAUAUUUUCAGACAACUAGAAUUUACUAAUAUUUUCACAACAUAUCUCUUUUCGAUCUUUUAUAUAAUAAUCGUUUUAAGAUGAACUAUUUCAAGUUAUAGAUAAUUAUGUCACUUAAAAACGCAUCGAAUUCUACGACGAUAGUGUUUGUUUGACAUAAAGAUAUAACAAAUUAAAUGCCAAUUAUUAUGCGUAAAAUGUUCAAUAUAUUAUCAAUAACUUUAUUCAAAAAGACAAACUUCGAUCUACAUU